AUGCCAGCGUACCAUUCGUCGUACAACGAGGAGCCGGAAGUGCGCGUGAUUGGGUCGAUGUCACUUCUUCCCAUCCGUUCUCGCACGCGCGGACCCGCUCCACCUCCCAUCGACCCUUCGCGCCCAGACAUCAUCGACGAAAGCAUCGACCUCUUCCGCGCCAAUUCGCUCUUCCGCAACUUUGAAAUCAAGGGCCCCGCCGACCGCGUCCUCAUCUACCUCAUCCUCUUCAUCUCCGACUGUCUCACCAAGAUCGCCGCGUCCAAAGUGCCCUGGUCCACAAACGAGGCCAACAAACAACUUGCCACCUACGCGGUGGAUAGCUUCGCCCUUCCCGGCGAUGCCAACUUCCCGCUCAACAGCCUCUACGCCCCUCCUGCGGGUAGGGCAGAGGCGGAUCAACUCAGGGGUUACCUCACCCAGCUUCGACAGGAAACCGCCGCCCGUCUCGUGGAAAAGGUUUUUGCGGAUGGUACCCCCAGCAAGUGGUGGAUCGCCUUCACAAAGAGAAGGUUCAUGGGCAAGAGCCUUACUUGA